AUGGCUCGGGGUUUCAGUUACCUUGUGCUCGUGCUAUGCGGUAUUUGGGUGCAGGCGACCGCUGUCAUCUCUUCUAAUUCUACCCUGAAUGCAGUCAGUGAACUGCCUUCAACACUAUACCGCUCGUAUCUAACCCCGACUCUGCAUAGCCGGGACGACAAGGUUGAUUUGAGGAUAUUAUGCCUUGGUGCCUCUAUUACGUGGGGUGUGGGCUCGUCAACUGGGAAUGGUUACCGGAAACCCUUGCGCGAUAGACUUCGCUUUGAAGGAUACGAGGUUGAUAUGGUUGGGACCAAGCAUAAUGGAGACAUGGCCGACAAUGACGUGGAAGCCCACCCAGGGGAUGUCAUUGAUCAGGUGCACACCGCUGCUCGAGGCUCAUACAGAUACAAUCCUAAUGUUGUCCUGAUCAACGCGGGCACCAACGACUGUCUGCAAAACCGCGAUAUCGCGGGUGCCGGCGAGCGGAUGAGGGUGCUCGUCAAUGAUCUAUUCCAGUCAAUCAGCGGCGUGACCGUUGUCCUGUCGACUCUCAUCCCCUGCAAAGACCCCACCGGCGAGGCGAAUUGCCGGCUGUAA